AUGGCAGAACAAGAAUAUACCAGAGAGCAGGAGACGCUAACCCUCACGGUUCUGGGCAAGAACAGCUCUGCAUUCUACGAGCUUCUUUGUGUCGAGCAAAAGGCGUCCGAUAACGAGAUAAAGAAGGCGUACCGAAAAUUAGCAGUUAAAUUGCAUCCGGACAAGAACAAGCACCCGAGAUCCAGCGAAGCGUUCAAACGUAUCAACAGAGCCUUUGAAGUGCUGAGUGACGAGCAGAAACGACGCAUCUUUGACCAGAUCGGCAGGGACCCCGAUGAGCGAGGUGCACGUGAUCCAUUUGCCUCGAGCAGCGGUGGCAGCGCCACUGGGUCCGGUUUCAAUGGCGCUGGGUUCGCACCUGAGAAUAUGUUCUUCAGGCGAGCUCCCGCUGGCCCACCCCAGGAUAUUUUUGAUUUUCUCUUUAACUCACAUGCCGCAGGCGGUGGACAUCCUUUCAAUAGUGCUUUUGGAGGCGGACCAUUUGGCGCAGGGCCAUUUGACAGGCCAUUUGGCGGCGGUGGUGGUGCAACCACUUUCUCAUUUGGUGGGCCCAACGGGUUUAAAGUUUACACCAAUGGAAACUCCAGGGCUCGUGCCGCGCCACGAAACGCUCCAGGUGCUCAACAACAACAGCAGGAGGACCAGCGUGAAAUGCAGCAGAUAUUAAGGAUACUGGUACCCAUUUUGGUCAUUCUAUUUUUGCCCAUGCUCGAAAGACUAAUAUUCGGUAGCCUGAACUUAUAG